CUAAGCAGCAAACAACAAAUUUGAACAGGUAUUUAAAGCAAAAUUUCAUUCACAUUAAUACAUUUGCAAUCGGAAGUUUUAGCAUUUUGAACUUAUUUAAAAGAACUCCAGUAACUCAAUCUGUUUUAACAUAAAAUACAAAUAUUUGAAAAAUGUCUGUUCCAUCGCCACUCUCUCACACCCAUCGUCAGUUGGAAAAGCAAAAUAUUGCUCAGUUGACGAUGAAGUUUAAAGAAUACACUGACCAAGUGAGGCAAAUGAGAGACCAUUGCAAAAAAACUGAAAACAACGUAUUUCUUUCUCACAUUGCAGCAUUAGAUAAUGAGAUUAAAGAUUUGCAGAGCAUCUACGAAAGAGAGCUAGAGUCAGUCAGAGGUCAACUUGAUGCUUGCAUUGCAGAAAGGAAUCAGUUACAUUUAGAUGCAAGCAAAUAUGGUGCUCUUUCUAAAGAAUUACAGGACAAAUAUAACGAUGAGAAGACAACUCGCACUAAACUAGAAAAUGCAUUAGCCGACGCCCACCGAGUUCUAAGCGAAAAAGAUUUACUCAUUAAAGAACUUCGCAUAUCGAUUGCACAACAUCAAAAUGCUCAUUUAGAUACAGCUAAAGAACGAGAUGAACUGCAAAGCACACUCACUACAUUGCGAGUUACGUGCGAAGGAGAAACUAAAAUGCGUAUUGAUUUAGAAGCUUAUGUUCAAAAGCUAACCGAGCAAAUAAAUUUUGAGCGUGACAUUCAUGAAAAAGAUAUCAUUGAUCUAAGAAAUCGCAAUGCUGCCGCUGAACGAACUAUUGAAAUUGCUGACCAGAAGCUUCGAGAGCACGAUCUUGUUGAUGAAAAACUUCAACAGCAAAUUGAAAAUAUUAAAAGGCAAACAACAUACGAUUUCGUUCAAUACCAAGAAGCUUCUGAGAAUUCUUACCAGUUACAGCUACAAGAACAUAAAAACCGAAUGGCAAAAGAAACACAAGCACUUGCGCAACAAAAAGAGGAAAAUAUUCAUUUAAAAGCAAUUAUUGAAGAAAUGAAUGCAAAAAUAUAUAAACUGGACGGAAAGGUUUCUUCUUACCAUGAACAAAAUACUAUUCUAAUUCACACACUUGAAGUCGAACGUCGCGCUGCUGCUGCAACAUGUCACGAGCUUGAAAAGAAACUUCAAGAACUCCAAGAACAUUACAACACCAAAGUCCGUGAGUUAAACAUUGUCAGCAGUGUCAACAUACCAAUCGACUUAGAACUUGAAUCAUUAUCGCAAUUAAUAGAAGCUGAAGCAAAACGAUUAGAUGUUGCUUUAUCUAACCCCUCAAGUGAACUUGUUUCUACUGUACGUGGAGAACUGGUGUCAAACCGAAGUCACUAUGUACACAACGCUAGUCCCCGUAAAGCAUCUUCAAAUGCUCCUUUAAAAAGGCAAAAGUCACCUGCAGCAUUGGUAGAUACUACUACAGAACUACCGCCUCUAGCAAUUCCUAAAUAUACAACAACAAACCUCCCUUUGAUAAAUGAUGGAAAAGUUCGCAACUACCCAAGCUAUUCCAAUAGAAACUACUACAUUGAAAAAUAAGCUAUUCACCAGCUUCAUUUUAAAAAACAAAACAGAUGCAUAAUGAUGCAUUAUUGUAAACGGUGCAAAACGACGCAGCUUAAUGCACUCUUUGCGUUUUUUAUUAAACAUAUAGUAAGUUUCAAAACAUAGUAUUUAAUUAGAUAAGUAUUUAUUUAAGUAUAAAAUGAAUAUAUGUUGAAAAUUAUGAAAGAUUUUGUUUUGUCAAUUGGAAAUUUUAUGUAUUAGAUAUAUUAUGAGAUUAGAUAUAACGCUUUUUACACAUAAUUUUGUUCAAACAUUAUUUACAUAUAACACUAUUCUAAAUAUUUAAAGAUAUGAUGAUUUUAGAAGAA